AUGCCGGGGGAUACAAUUGAGCUGUCACCCUUUGGGACGAAAGUCGCCCGUGAAUAUGCACUGGAGCUGAGAAACCAACAUGAAACGAGCGACAGGAAGGCCUUUCGCAACAGUGCCAGUGGCGGGGGAUGCACGUCGUCGAACAAUACCAAUGGAAAGCAACGCAUGGAGAGAAAAUUCGGCUCGCUCUCCAUCCUGGCCUUGUCAGUCACAUUGUUAGCAUCAUGGGAGUCCAUCGCCAGUGGAUUCGCUCCAGGUUUGAUGAACGGAGGUCCUGCGGCUUUAGUUUGGGGGAUGUUGCUAUCAAUGACAGGAACGAUGGCACUGGCCUUGUCGCUGGGCGAAAUGGCAUCCAUCUGCCCACUUGCGGGAGCACAGUACCACUGGACCGCGCUGCUGGCGCCGCCGAGAAUCAGAGCAUUCAGCACUUGGAUGCAAGGUUGGAUCACGGUAUUUGGAUGGCAGGCUGCCGUCACCAGUAUCAGCUUCCUCGUGGCCACGCAAAUCCAAGGCCUUAUCAUCCUGAACCGUCCGGAGUAUGAACCGCAACGAUGGCAUGGGACCUUGCUCAUGUGGGCGGUGAUGCUCUUCUCGCUGAGCAUCAACGUCUUCGCCGUUCGAAUCUUGCCUUUGCUUCAGCUGUUAGGCGGCCUCAUGCAUGUCGUAUUCUUCAUUGUUCUGAUCGUUCCUCUGGUUCUGUUGUCUCCCCGGAGUACGCCUGAGUUUGUUUUCACGGAGCUGUUGAAUCAAGGCGGAUGGAGUAGCGAUGGAGUCUCCUGGUGUCUGGGAAUGUUGACUGUCACAUAUUGCUUUACUGGAUUCGACGGAGCCAUCCACAUGAGCGAAGAAGUCCACAACCCGGCCACCGUGAUCCCUCGCAUCCUCAUCCAAACCAUUGUUAUCAACGGCACUCUAGCAUUCAGUUUCAUUUUGGUCAUGCUGUUCUGCAUCGGAGACAUUCACGCAAUCUUGAACUCUCCAACCGGCUUCCCCAUCAUCGCCAUGUUCUACCAGGCCACCGGCUCCGUCCACGCAACAACAGCAAUGCAAUCCGCCAUCACCCUUAUCGGCUUCGUCUCCAACAUCGCAGUCGUCGCAUCCGUCUCCCGCCUCACAUGGGCUUUUGCCCGCGACGGAGGCCUACCCUAUUCCAAGUUCUUUGCUCACGUAGAUGGCAAAUACCACAUCCCCCUCCGCGCCAUCUGCCUCGUCUGCUUCACCGUAAUCCUGCUCUCCCUCGUCAACAUCGCUUCAACCACCGCCCUCAGCGCUAUCCUCGCGCUCACCACCAGCUCGCUUUUCAUCUCAUACAUCAUCCCCGUGGCCAUGAUGGCCCGGAAGCGUAUCCGGAAGGAGCCGAUUGCGUUCGGCCCAUUUGCUCUUGGCCGAUGGGGUCUGGCGAUCAACAUCUAUGCUAUCGUCUUUGGUAUCUUCAUUUGCACUUUCGUGUCAUUUCCGACCGAGAUUCCUGUAACGGCAACCAAUAUGAAUUACAGCGGGCCGGUGUUUCUCGGGGUGAGCGUCCUGUUGAUUUGUGAUUGGGCUGUAAGAGGGAGACGGAGGUUUACAGGGCCGUUGAAGGAGUUGUUAACACAGGGUGCUCGCGAAAUGUAG